AUGGUUCGCCAGUGUGUGCUUGAACCUCUUAUGGAAGAUCAAAGGUACAGCGACAUCGCCAUGGCGUAUCGCACGCACAUACCAGCACCCUCAGACGAUAAGCAAAUCCUAGAGCAACAAAACUACUGGUCGUCCGCGAAAUACCUUCACUGGAUGGAGCAGGUCGAUGAUGAAGCGCUAACUCCAAACGGAAAUCGAAAAAUAGACUGA